CAAUCAUUUGUCAAUUUGUCAAACUCAAAUAUUUUAUUUAACAAUUUACGUUACAUUUGGUUGUCGUUAUCAAGUAAACCUUAUUUAGCUGAUAAGAGAAAUGUUAGCUGGCGAUGUGAUGCAACCGAGUUCCGGGCUGAGACUCAUUUAAACUUUACACACAGACAAGGCAACACAACUGAUGGGGAAUACAAUUGGAACAGUUUUGAACCCUAUGUUUCCAUUUAAAAUGCUACUCCGUUCAUAUUCACUUUGUAUUCUGAUUGUGGAUGUUAUGUGGGUGGUUGUUAACACAAACUAUGCAAUACUUCAAGCUGUGUAUGGUUUCUUUAAUCCUCCACCAUUGAAGUCUUUACAUUCUGAGACAGCUCUGAUAAUUGGAUCUGGACGAGGAGUUGGUAGACAAAUUGCUAUUCAACUAUCGGAACUUGGUGCAAUUGUUCUUUGUGUAGAUAAGAACGUAACAAACAAUGAAGACACAGUAAAACAUAUACGAAGUAGAGGUGGAAAAGCGUUUAUAUAUGAAUGUGAUAUAAUAAGAAAAGAAAAUGUGACAGAAAUGUCUGAACAAGUGAAGAAAGAUGUUGGUUUUGUAAGCAUGUUGUUUUACUGCUGUGGUAUACCAAGUCCACGCUCUCUCAUGACGCAACCGUCGCAAGAUAUACACGAGACUUUGGACCUUACAUUGACUUCAUACUUCUGGCUUAUAGAGAACUUUAUGCCUGAAAUGAAAGAGAGGAAUCAUGGGCAUAUAGUGGCAUUGACCUCUGUAGCCGGUUUGAGCUACAUCAAGGAUCAGAUGCCCUUCAGCGUUGCACAAUUCGCUGUGCAAGGAUUAGCCGAGUCACUGAUGGAGCAUUUAAGAAUAAACAAGACUGACGGAGUAUAUGUUACAUUAACACACAUUUACCCUUUCAUUGUAGACGAAAAUUCGGAUUUAAGAUUAAGGAUUUCAAGUUAUUUCGGGACAAUAACACCGGAAAAAGCGGCCAAGUCUAUAUUGGACAGUGUACGACGUAACUACCUGGAGGCGUCUGUUCCGAAACACCUGCUCUACCUCGGACACAUACUCAGAAUACUGCCGAGGAAGGCUACAGUAUUAAUUAGAGAUUUACUUGAUACAGGAGUCGAUUUUGCAUAAUUUUUAAUGUAUUUUACACACAUUUGUUUGUAUAAUUAAUAUAUAACUAGGUACUUUUGUACUUAAUUUGUAUGUAAAUGUCACUAUUUAGUAUUUUUUUUGUUAUAAGAUGGUUUAUACCAUAUUUUUAAGGACAACUUUUAAUCAAAAUUGUAGCAUAAAAUCUUGUAAAGUUUUUUAUAAUCGGUAGUUUUUAUUCUGUAUUUAAAUGGUAGGCGUACAAAAUAGAUGCUUCGUUUUAAGAAAUUAAUAUUGUUUGACUUCAUUAAUUGUACAGCUCAUCUAUGUUCCUUUUUAUCUGUGAUGACAUUUAAUAAAGUUUAUUUUUACCAAUAUA